UUCCCUUUCUACACAUAAAUCUCUCUCUUCAGAUCUCACCGUAAUCAUCCCGUCUUCAUCAUCGUCCAACCUUUCAGAUAUCUCUUUUCCCGAUUUCUCCCUAGAUAUCAUUGUCACCCGUAAGGAAGAAGAGAUCUGGCUGUGAAGGUCACUUUUAGGUUUUUUAAUGGGAUUUUUCUUCCAUUUUUUUUUUUUGUAUCGAUUUGAAGUCGAUUUCGAAACUCAUUGAUUAGAUUCGAUUAUGACACAACACCAUGAGAUAAAAUUAGGUCCGUUUGGACUAACUAACAAUGGAACACCACGAAGAAGAAGAAGUGGAGGAGGAAGAAGAAGAAGAAGAAGAAGCAAACGGAAAUUCAAAUACAGCGUCGACGACAACGGCGGAGAAGAAUUACACUGAUGAAAUUAGAUCCUUCGUUGUUGAUUUUAUCAAUUUUGUUUGAUAAAAUCGAAUGUGGUAGUGUUCUUACUAAUGGAGGAGGGGUAUAUGUGCCGGAGAUGAGCAUUCGUUGAAGAAGAAGAAGAAGAUGUGUAAACAGGUUGGAUAUAUUCUGAUCAGAAACGCGAUGGGCGACCAUGGACAAUGUUUAGAAUGCAAAUUUAUGCGUAGACCAUGUUCAGAAGGGUGUCUUACAUUCAACUGUUCAGUACAUACUUCGAUGUACCAAGAUUCCAAAUAGGAUAUGCAGCUUCCACUGCUGACAGACAGAAAAUUGAAGCCCGUAUAACGGAUAGCACGAGAACAUUUGAAGUAAAUGCUGGAGUGAAUGAACCUCUUUUUGGGGCAAUAGGAGUCCUUUUAGCACUACAUCAACUUAUGGGGGAAGAAGUUAACCGCUUUGAAACCAUUACAGGCGAAGGUGUGAACGUUACUCCAGCAGGCACUAUGAAUCAUUUUGUCCUAAAAGAUUCAGAGAAAAUUGAACAGCAACAUCGAGCUUGUCCAUCAUGCACCUAUCUACCGCAAAAGUGCAAGGUGGAUUGUCCAUUCGUUCGGUUCUUUGAAGCAUGCGUAUCUAGAGAUUUCAUCAGAGAGUUUUAUACAGUACUUUGUGGCUCAACAGCUGUGUUGCCUGAUCACUCUAAUCUUCAGUCAGCUGAUGAAUGGAACAAAGCGGGUAUAACGGCUGAAGCCUUGGAAUUUGAAAAUAAGGCUAGGGUUCACGAUCCAGUUUAUGGGACAACAGGAAUAAUUUUAUCAUUGUACAAGAACUGGUGGAACCUUAAUCACCAUGUUCGUUUGCUUGAGCAACGAGAUCGGAGUGUGCAAAAUUUUCCUACUGUUCAAAUUGGUUCUUGCAACAUUCCUACAGAUAAAGGCAAAGGGAUUGUGACCCCAGAAUCCACAAAUGAAUGUAGUACUAUUGCAGAAUGGAUGGAUAUGGAAGAUGAUGAUGAGUCUCUUUACAGCAGAGAAGAAGUGUUAAAGAAUUAUAUGGAGUUCCAACAGGAAGUUGCAUUAAUCCAGCCUCUACCACAAGAAUGAAGCAGUACCACAGGAGAAACAAUAAAUAGAGCCUGGCAAAAUCUAACAUGACAAGAACGAGAAGAACGACUUCCAGAUACGUCACAUGCUCAAAACCUUCUACAACGAUUUCCAGAUAGGCCACGUGUUGAAGACAUUCUGCAACGAAUAUUAGAGCGUGUUCCACACAGUGUAACACCACAGAUACAACAACAAUUGGCAGCCCUUUCUAAUAGUCAGCAAGCCGCUUCAUCAUCAUUAAGAGCGGCAACUUCGUCUCAACAAGGAACGAGCAGUAGCACAGGAACACCACCAACAAGUACUACAGACACUAUAUAAGCCUAUAAGGAACUGGUGAUAUCAUUGAAGACUUUGAAAGUCUGUUGCAGCAAUAAAGUAAAUAACUGUUGAAGAAACGGAAAGAUCCGGCUAUGGGUGUUUCACCGAAAGAUGAACUUAGCUAGCCAAUUGACGCUCACCCAUUGUCAAUCGUACUCUCAGCGAUAGUUUAGUCUUGUUGUAGUGGCAGUAGUAACUUUGAAGUUCUACUUUACAUUCCUGCCUAUAUCAGUACCAUUCCCAGCUUUGAUUUCAUGUCUUCAAUACUUUUUUACGUCUUGCUUAUGAAUCACAUAAUACAAUAUUAUCCUUGAUUUUUGAAGAACCAGAACCACAUGAGUUCCUUUCUGGGU